CUGACAUGCACUGACUUGAAAGGUGGGACUCUCCAGUUUGGUGCUGAGGCUGAAUAAAGGAAAACCUCUCACACUCUCUCCUUCCAUUGCUCUAGUUCAGAACCAUGGCCAACAAGAAAGUCAUCGUUGUGUUUGGGGCAACAGGUUCUCAGGGUGGUUCUGUGGCCAGAGCCAUUUUGGAGGGCAAAGACUUUUCUGUAAGAGCAGUGACUCGGGAUGUGACCAGACCUUCUGCCCUGGCCCUAAAAGAACUGGGAGCUGAGGUGGUGAAGUGUGACCUGAAUGACCAAGAGUCCUUGAAGGGAAUCCUAAAAGGUGCCUAUGGAACCUUUCUGGUGACCAACUUCUGGGAUGACUUCAACAAAGAGAAGGAAGUGAAACAGGGGAAGAUGGUGGCUGAUGCCAGUAAACAACUGGGCUUGAAGCAUGUGGUAUACAGUGGCCUGGAGAAUGUAAAGAAGUUGACCAAAGGAAAACUAGAGGUGAAGCAUUUUGAUGGGAAAGGAGAAGUGGAAGAGUAUUUUUGGUCCAUUGGAGUUCCCAUGACCAGUGUCAGGAUAUCAGCCUACUUUGAAAACUUCCUAAACAUCUGGAAACCUGUGAAGGCAUCUGAUGGCGACUACUACAACUUGAUGUUGCCUAUGAAGGACAUCCCCAUGGAUGGCAUCUCUGUUGCUGACAUUGGACCAGCAGUGGCCAGCAUCUUCAGGUCCCCAGAGGAGUUCCUGGGCAAGGCUGUGGGUCUCAGUGCAGAAGCUCUGACAGUUCAGCAGUAUGCAGACAUCCUCUCCAAGACCUUGGGGAAGGUGGUUAAAGACUCCAAGAUUACCCCAGAAGCUUAUGAGAAGCUGGGAUUCCCUGGAGCCAAGGAAAUGGCUGACAUGAUGCGUUUCUAUCACAUGAAGCCAGACAGAGAUGUGCAGCUCACUCACAAGCUCAACCCCAAGGUCAAGAGUUUCUCCCAGUUUGUCUCUGAGAACAAAGAUGCCUUCAAAGACCUGUAGGAACCACUGAAGUGUUUUGGUCUGGCCAUUGGUUACACAGCUUCCUCCAUGACAAUUUUAAAGCCACUCUGUGGUGGCCUGGUGUGGUGGUCAGAAGGCUGCAUCUGCAGUGAGGAGAUCUGGGUUCAAAUCUUGGCUUUGCCACUUAUAAUCUCUGUGACAUUAAAAAAAUUAUUUGACUUCUCUGGGACUUAGUUUUCCCAUCUGUAAAAUGAAGGGGUUAGCCUAGAUGGUCCUUUCUAGCUUUAAAUCCUCCGAUGAUCCUCAUAUAGGAAGAAUGGGCAAAAAUUUGAACUGACUCAAUCCAGUCCAGUGGAAAGUAAUUUCUUUCCAUUGCAGAAAGAUUCCUUUUCAUCAGGGGAGAAUGAAGGCCUAAUUUCUAGAAUUUACCCAGGGGCAUCAGGGUAUGAUAGAUGGAUAAAGGGCUGGAUUUGUUAUCAGAAGAUCAUAGAUUUAGACCUGGGAAGGAACUUAGAGGUCAUCUAGUCUGAGGUCCAGACAAGGGGAGUGACUUCUCCAAGGUCAUACAAAUAAUAAGUAGCAGAGCUGCAACCUGAACCCAGAUCUGACUCCCAAUAGAACAUUCUUUCUACUGCACCAUGUCAGGAAGGCUCAGGUUGUAAUCCUGCCCCUGACACUGAGAAAUGAGAUCAUGAGUGGCUUCACCUCUUUAAUCCUCAAUUUGGUUAUCUAUAAAAUGGAAAUAAUUAUACUUGUAGUUCCUCAUAUGAUUGCUGAGAGGCACAGAUGAGAUUCAUAUCUGUUAAGGGCUUUAGAAACAUUAAAAUGCAUAAUAUCUGUUA